UUGGAAUGACUAAAUAGUGCUUACGAUGUACCUGUUGAGGUAGUAUCGCGGUAGUACUGGUGAUAGUAACUGCUCGAUUAAGUAGUGGUGAAUGCAAUGUUUAUAAAAAUUGUAAAAUAAUAGUGUGUGGUGUGUGUGAUAUUUCAAAAGUUUUUUCGAAGACGUGUUGGAUAUAUAACGUGAUUUUCCUGAUGAUUACGACAAUGGGAUAAACCUACCUGGAGAAAAGAAUAAGAAAUAUUUUCGAUCAAAAUACUUUUUACAUUCAAGUUGCUCCUCUAACAAGAUUCAUCCCAAGUAUAGAGCAAUGGCAAUCAUCAAUAUCAAGAGUUUCCUGCCAACAAGAGCCAUAAUAUGGAUUAUGUUAUUUACUUGUACGUUUUUCCUCUAUAUGAUAAGAAUUAAUCUGUCAAUAAUAAUUCUGGCAAUGGUAGAACCAAAGAAAGGAAAUAUCACCGUUACUGCUGAAUGUUUGAGAGAAGUGACUCCAGCAAAUAUCAGUGAUCAUGUUAUAAUAAAGUCGAAAGUUUCAAAUUAUGGUGAACAAUACAAAUGGGAUAGUAAUCUCCAAGGACUGAUAUUAGGGUCUUACUUUUGGGGAUUUUUCCUCACUGGAAUACCAGGAGGAAUUCUGGCAGGAAGAUUUGGACCAACCAGAUGUAUUACCAUAUCUUUCAUUGUCAGUGGAGUUCUUACAUUGGUAGGACCUUGGGCUGCUGCAAUACAUCCAGUUGUAUUGAUAAUAUCCAGAUUUCUAAUUGGGGCAGUCGGGGGAGUGGUGUUUCCCAGUCUCCAUUUUCUUGUUUCGAGAUGGGCACCUCCGGACGAAAAAGGAAAAUUUAUCGGAGCUCUUCUAGGUGGGUCUUUAGGUACUAUGAUUACCUGGCCAAUGCUCGGAGCCAUUAUAGAAUCGUUUGGUUGGACAUGGGCAUUUCUUAGCUGUGGAAUAUUUGUGAUAUGUUGGACUGUGUUGUGGUUCUAUCUAGUUGCUGAUUCUCCGGAAGUUCAUCCAAGGAUUUCAGAAGAAGAGAAGGCAUACAUCACUGAUAGUUUAUCUGGAAAUAUUGCUAAAGAAAAAAGACAACCACCAUACAAAAAAAUGGCUUGUUCUGUCCCAUUUUGGACUCUCAUCAUCCUGCACUUUGGCAAUUUAUGGGGACUGUUUUUCCUCAUGACAGCUGGUCCCAAUUUCCUGUCAUCUGUUCUGGGUUUCACACUAGGACAUACUGGAUUUUUGGCCGCCUUGCCGUAUUUUGCGAGACUUAUUUUUGGUUUCCUAUUUGGACAAUUAGGUGAUCUCAUCAUAAGGAAAUCUUGGAUGAAUAAAACUAUGAUAAGAAAAAGUUUUGUGUUGUUUUCUCAUAUUUUACCUGGGGUACUAUUGUUUGUACAAACACUAACAGGCUGUGACGUAACAUGGGCAAUAGUAUUAAUAACAUUGUCGCUUGGAUCGAAUGGAGCUUCAACUCUGACAAAUUUACAAAAUUCUCAGGAUCUGGCUCCAAAUUUCGCUGGUAUCAUAUAUGGUAUUGCAAAUUGCAUUGGAAGCACAACAGGAUUCAUAUCCCCUGCAAUUGUUGGAUAUUUGACAGAAAAACAUAAUGGUCUCAACGAGUGGCACACUAUAUUUUACAUAGGAUCCUCGGUUUACAUUGGGUGUGGAAUAAUAUUCUGUAUUUUUGGAAGUGGUGAUGUUCAGCCAUGGAACGACAUCGUCUCUACAGAGAAGAAAGAAGUAGAUGGAAUCGAGAAUAUAGCGUUUGACAGUUUUGAAACGAAGAAAGAUAUGGAAGUAUCAAACAAAGUUUAAUCUCAUUAUAUCUAUUCAAUUAAAAAAUGAAAGCACUGAAUAAUUAUAUAUAUCUUCUCC